AUGGGUGGUUUUUUGCCUAUCAAAGAGCUUUCCAAACUGAAGAAGCUCCAACAAUUGGAUUUAGGGUCAAAUUUUUUCUCUGGUACGCUGCCUGUAGAGAUAGGUUUGCUAUCAUCUCUUCGUACACUUGAUCUAAGCAAUAACAAACUACAAGGCAGCAUACCUCAUUCCUUGGGGAACUUGUCCUCACUUGUAGAACUCUCUCUCGGAGACAAUCACCUUACAGGAUCCAUCCCGCAAGAGAUAAGUAAGCUUGAAAAUUUGGAGCGUUUGGAUAUCUCCAAUAAUUCCUUAUCAGGGACUAUCCCACCAUGGCUUCCACAACUUUAUGGUUUCGGCUUCUCAUAUAACAAUUUUAGUGGAGAGAAACCUAAGAAUUUCUCAAUCCAUUUUCGGGACCUGGAUAUUUCACACAACUUUCUAACUGGGGACAUAGCUUCUAUCUUGAGUGGUUUCAAUGUCCCUCGGUUCAAUUCUUUGGAUAUGUCCUUCAACAAGUUUUAUGGAAGAUUACCAUCUAAUAUGACCGGCAAAUGGACCUGGCGGUCCGAAAACUUCUACCUCUCAAGCAUACAGUCCAUACAUUUGGAACACAAUGCAUUUCAUGGAACAAUACCCGAGAAUCUGCUUCUUUACAGCCCCUUUCUAAUGGUCAUUGACAUCGGCGCCAAUUAUAUCUCGGGUCUCAUCCCAAGAGAGAUCGCAGAAAUCUCUCAUUUACAGGUCCUAAUCUUGAAAGAAAACCGGUUUGAAGGUAAUAUACCUGAUGAAAUAUGUCGAUUACAGCAACUGGCCAUUUUAGAUCUAUCGGAAAUCAACUUUGAGGGAUCCAUACCUUCUUGCUUCCAUAAGAACUCUGCUUGGGUAAAUGGUAGCAGAUCCACUAUAAGUGCUAGCUGGGAUUCACAUGUGGGUUUGGAAAGUGAAUAUGUUGAGGUGGUCAAUUUCAAGAAGGGCAAUGAGUAUGGAUACAGUGGAAUAGUUCCAUCUGUUAUAACAGGAAUCGAGCUCUCUUUGAACCAUCUUAGCGGCCCCAUCCCAAUGGAGAUUGGCCUCUUAAAAGGACUUAUUGUAUUGAACAUUUCCAAAAAUCUUCUAAAUGGGACGAUCCCGGAUUCGUUUUCAGAGUUGUCUCGGAUUGAAGUACUGGAUCUCUCCAAUAUGCUCAAGGGCAGGAUACCAUCUGAUUUAGGUUCCCUAACUUUUUGA